AUGCUAACUCUGAUAUUGCACAACCUUGGCGCUGCAAAAUCAGAAGAUGAGGAAGAUGAAGAGUCUGAUUCAAGUACAAAGCCAUCAAAGUCAGCAAAGAAGAAAAAUACAGCCAGUUUGUUUCAGACUGGAAGUGACAACAAGGAGACCAAAAGCAAAAAGAAAGGUGUAUCUAAAUCAAGAGAGAAUAUUCUGGAGGAUGACAGUGUUGCACAGAAGAACAGCAACAAGAAAGGAAAACCUAAGAAAUCUAAGAAGAAGGAAGGCUCUAAACGAAGCCCUUCUCCAGUGAUUGAGGUGGAUAACUUGGAGGAUUUUGUCUUGAGGCCAGCUCCCCAGGGCAUCACCAUUAAAUGUCGAGUCACCCGAGAUAAGAAAGGUAUGGACCGUGGCCUCUAUCCAACCUACUAUCUUCAUUUGGACAAUGACAAAAAGGUAUUUCUGUUGGCAGGUAGAAAACGGAAAAAGAGUAAAACAUCCAAUUAUUUGAUUUCAGUAGAUCCUACUGAUCUGUCACGAGAUGGAGACAAUUUUAUAGGAAAACUGAGGUCAAACCUUAUGGGUACCAAGUUCACAGUUUUCAACAAUGGUGCCAGUCCUGACAAAGCAACUUCUGACUGGUCAAAUGUCCGCCAAGAGCUGGCUGCAAUUGUUUAUGAGACAAAUGUUUUGGGAUUUAAAGGACCCCGCAAAAUGACUGUGAUUAUUCCUGGAAUGAACUCAGACAGUGAGAGAGUGCCCAUCAGACCUCGAAGUGAAAAUGACGGGCUGUUGAUGAAAUGGCAAUAUAAGAAUAUGGAGAACUUGAUAGAACUUCACAACAAAACACCGGUCUGGAAUGAUGAGUCCCAGUCUUACGUUCUCAACUUUCAUGGAAGGGUCACUCAGGCAUCUGUCAAGAACUUCCAGAUAGUUCACAGCAAUGACAUUGAUUAUAUAGUGAUGCAGUUUGGCCGUGUGGCCGAUGAUGCCUUCACAUUAGACUACAACUACCCAAUGUGCGCUGUGCAAGCAUUCGCCAUUGCCUUGUCCAGCUUUGAUGGAAAACUGGCCUGUGAAUAAUCCGGUAAUGGACAGAUGUUGCUUCUACUGCUUAAGGCUUCGGACAUACAUACAAGGCAAAAUAUAGAGCCAGAAUAAAAUGAUAUCAGUCAAAAUGACACAACUUGGCAGAAAUGCAGCUGCAUCUUAUUCAGUAUUUUUGGCAUUGAAUAGGCCUCCGAUGAAGCCAGGCUGCCAUUCUUCAUAAACUAUAAUGUUAAAAGUACUUUUGGGAGACAUGAGUCUUCACUUCUUUACUACAGUGAACACUAUGUUUUCAAAAGAUUUUCACAAACACAGCACACAUCAUGCAUAAAGAGCAUUUCUGUAGCACUCUUUUAAUUUAAUUCCACUCUUGCUUAUG